AUGAAUGUACUGAUUCCGCUGCUCAGCAAGCCUAGCGACCCCCUCCUCAAGCGCGAGACGCGACCGGCCAUCCACUUCCCCAACGGCAUCGUGUAUAGGGGAGAGUGGCUGGGCAACCAGCGUGACGGCAGGGGUGUGCAGAUGUGGCCUGAUGGGGCUCAGUACGAGGGGGAGUGGCGAGGGGAUCGAGCGAAUGGACACGGUAAAUUCACGCAUGCAGAUGGUGAUGUCUACGAUGGGGAAUGGGUCAACGACCGGGCGGAGGGUCAGGGCAAAUACCAGCACAAGAACGGAUCCACCUACACAGGCCAGUGGCGGCACGACCAGCAGCAUGGCAAAGGCGUGGAGAUAUGGACCGACGGCAGCAGAUACGAAGGGGACUACGUCGAAGGCCGGAAGUAGGGCCAAGGCGCGUACUUCUGGCCAGACGGCAGUGUCUACCGCGGCAGCUGGGUAGACAACAAGAUCACUGGCGAGGGGCGGUACGAAUGGUUCGACGAGCGCAGGUAUGAAGGCGGAUGGCUGAACAACAACAUGCAUGGCAAGGGAGUCUACGUCUGGAAGGAUGGACGGCGCUACGAGGGUGAGUACGCGCACGACAGGAAGCAUGGCUACGGGGUGUACUACUGGCCGAACGGUCGCCGCUACGAGGGGCAUUGGUAGAACGGCAAGCAGCACGGCACCGGUGUCUACGUGAUCUCCUAAACCUAGCGAUACGAAGGCACAUGGUAGAACGGCAAGCGAGUCAAACUCACCUCUUGA